AUGCAACCUGAAGGUGUCGAAACCCAAGUAGAAUUGUACAUUCCACGAAAAUGUUCAGCAUCAAACACAAUUAUUGCUGCUAAAGAUCAUGCAGCUAUUCAAAUCGAUAUAGCCGAUGUUGAUGAACAAACUGGUCGUGUUACAGGAAAAUCGAGAACAUACGCUAUUUGUGGAUCAAUUCGAAUGAUGGGUGAAUCUGAUGAUUCCAUUACACGUAUGGCACUAAGAGAUGGGUUAUUAGCAAAAAAUUUUAGUGCAAAUGACAACAAAUGA